AUGCCUCGCCAUGUUUCAGGGAACCUGCACGUGUCGACAUGUGACGGCUUCGGUAUGGCCCUUGAGGUGACCCCCGAUCGGGUCUACAAGGUCUAUGGCAAGAUCGACGACAACUAUGUGCUCCAUACCAAUCACUUCCUCCAUGAGGGUCUCUCCGGACGUGACAACAUCAAAGACCGCUAUCCCGGCGGGAGUAGCUGGUUCAGGCUUCAACAACUCGAGAAGGGGUUGAGAAGACACAAGGACGGGAAGUUGAAUUCCAACCUCAUCAAGACCGCAUUUUCAGACCAUUUGAGUUAUUCCGCUGGGCCAAACUGUAGCUUUCGUGAUGUACAACUUGACAAUGAAAACAAUCACGGUCUGUAA